AUGAAACUUUUACUCUGGCCGACAGUCUUCCUCCUCGCCGCUGUGACACUGAUUUCGGGCAGCGUCGUCAAAUCGCCAAGCAAUGGCAACUUCGAGCUGCUCAUCCUGCACAACAAUGACAUGCACGCACGGUUCGAACAAACCUCCCAAAUGAGCGGCGCGUGCACUAUUGCUGAUAGAGAGGCGGGAAAGUGUUAUGGCGGCUUCCCAAGAGUAGCUUACGUGGUGAAAGAGGCAAGAAAAGCUGCAGCAUCUGGUGAAGGACCGCCCGUUCUCUACCUGAACGCAGGUGAUACAUACACGGGAACAGCCUGGUUUACCAUCUACAAAUGGAAAAUUGCCGCUGAAUUUCUCAACGCCCUGCAACCGGACGCCGUUUCACUUGGAAACGACGAAUUCGCAAAAGACUCUACAGAAUUGUUACCUUUCUUAAAAAAUUUAAAAACAAAUAUAAUAGCUACUAAUAUUAUUUUGAAUACUGAAGAAAACCAAGAGUUACAGAAAUCAGUUAUAUUUGAUAUAAAAGGAACUAAAGUUGGCAUGGUCGGUUAUCUUACACCAGAAAUAAGUAUGUUAGAUAGCGCUGGCGCUGUUGAAUACAUAGACGAGGUAAUAGCUCUUAAAGAAGAAGUAAAUAAGUUAAAAGAGCAAAAUGUUUCUAUAAUAAUAGCUUUGGGUCAUGCUGACAUAGAUAAAGUAAUAGAGAUUGCAACUGAAGUCGAUGGUAUAGAUUUAGUCAUCAACGGUCACAAAAACUUUUAUUACUGGAACGGAACUAGCAUAAACAACCAACUAACUGAUACCGAAAUAGAAAUAAAAAUAACCCAAAAAUCGGGGAAAAUAGUACCGAUAUUACAGUCAUAUUCAUACAAUAAAAACCUAGGCAAGAUAAUUGCAAAAUAUGACAACGAUGGUGAGAUUAUUGAAUACCAGGCACAACAAAUUCCUCUCGACUCAUCCAUUCCUCAAGAUUUAGAAGCCCUUGAAGUAAUAAGAUCGAAUACCGCUGAAAUUUAUCGAGAGGGCCAAGAAAUAGUAGGUUACACAGCGGUAGUUCUUGAUGGAGACACAUGCAAAUUAGAGGAAUGUAAUUUUGGUAACUUACUUACAGAUUCUGUUACGUAUUAUUACGCUGUUAGAUUUCAAGGUGAACGUUGGACUAACGCACCAAUUGCCAUUAUUCAUAGUGAUGCAAUUACUACUUCAAUCGCCCCUGAAAAUCGCCCGGCAGCUAUAACCAGGACCAAUUUGUUAUCCGCUUUAGAAACUGGAAGCAACUUAGUUACUGUCACCAUGAACGGAACAGUAUUACUUCAAGUACUAGAGUAUUCGGUCGCAAACUACAGCUACACAAAUCCUUCAGGCCAAUUCCUACAGUAUUCUGGAAUUCGAGUAACAUAUGAUUUAGCUAAAGAACCGGGUUCCAGAGUAAUCAGAGCUUUUGUGCGGUGUUGGUCCUGUUACAUUCCUCAAUUUUACACUAUUGAUGAUUGGAGAGAGUACACAAUAUUAAUGCCUUCAAGUUUAGCAAAUGGAGAUGAAGGUUAUUCUAUGUUAGUGGGACUACCUCGACAAAAUCUGGAUUAUGAUGUGGCAACAUGCAUUGAAGCGUACAUCGCUCAACGUAGCCCAGUGUAUCCUGAAGUGUCUGGCCGAAUUAUUUUAUUAAACACAGAAGCUGUACCCGACUCUGCAACUGCCUUGAGCUCUACACUCACACUUUUACUUUUCAUCAUCACCUUUAUAAUUGGAUAA